UGCAGGGAAAAGGGCCGGGUGCUGGCAAGUGGGACCAGAUUAGGUUGGGAUAUCGGGUUUGAAGUGGAUGAUUUGGCCCGAAGAGUCUGUUUCCAUGCUGUACAUUUCUGACAUUCUGACUCUAUGACUGCACAGAGUGUGAAGAUAGACUUGUUGGUUUGGAAUAAUUGUUCUGAGUAUUGAGUGCAAAUCCUCCUGAGAUCGUUAAACUGAAUGUGUUCUUUCACAUCGAAACUAAAAGCAGGUGGAUUCCGGAAGUGCGGAGAGUGAAUAUGGCAUCCGCACAGCACCUCCUGAGACUGACCGAGGAGGUAAUUUGUCCCAUUUGUCUGGAUUUCUUCACCGAUCCGGUUACACUGGAUUGUGGGCACAAUUUCUGCCGCUCCUGUAUCACCCAGAGUUGGGAAAAGAAGGAGAUAAACUCCUGCCCGGUCUGUAGAGAGGAGUUUCCGGAAAGAAACCUCAGGGUAAAUCGGGCCAUAGCGAAUCUGGCCGAGGAGGCUCGAAAAUUAAAGCUGGAUCCGAAAGAGAAGGAAAGUAAACCUCACUGUGAGAAACAUCAGGAAGAUCUGAAGCUGUUUUGUGACACUGACAGGAAGUUGAUCUGUGUGAUGUGUGUCACUGCACCGGAACACAGAGAGCACCGCUUCAUACAGAUUAUAGAAGGAGUUAAAGUGUACAAGGCUAAACUGAAAUCUGCCUUAAAUUCUCUCACAGAGAAGAAAUCGGCGGUUCUCCAAACAGAACUGACCCAGAAACGGAAGAUUUCCGAAGUGAGGGAACAGGCGAGCAGUCUGCAGACCCACAUCACAUCCGAGUUCACUAAAAUGCACCAGAUUCUCACUGAGAAAGAGCAGCGUUUACUCAGAGAUCUCAGGGAAGAAGAGGAGAGGGUUGUAGAACCAAUGGAGAGAAACCUUCGAGAGAUUCAGGAGAAUUUACAUUCUAUUGAGGAGGAACUCUCAAAGUUGCAGAAACAGACGGAGCAAACAGACGAGCUGGUGUUUCUGAAGGAGGCAGCUUGUCGGAAGAGAAGGAUUAGUGAUAACAACUGGACAUCACCAGCAGAUGGCUCCCUAUCUAUUGGAAAGUACAACAGCCCUUUACAGUACACAGUUUGGAGAGAAAUGAUGGAUGACAUUAACCCGGCUCCAGCCUCUCUGACUCUGGAUCCGAACACAGCGCAUCCCCGGCUCAUCCUGUCUGAGGACCGGACCAGUGUGAGACUCGGAUACAAACGACAACCGGUCCCUGACUCCCCGGAGAGAUUUGAUAUCAGUCCCUGUGUCCUGGGAUCAGAGGGAUUCACAUCAGGGAGACAUUACUGGGAGGUGGAGGUGCGGAGGAAGAUGGAUUGGAUUCUGGGAGUGGCCCGAGAGUCUGUGAAGAGGAAAGAGGGAAUCAAACUGAACCCGAACACCGGAUUCUGGACUCUAGGGCUAUAUCCUGGAAGUGGUUAUUUUGCCAUCCCUUCCCACUCGCGGACCCCCCUCUCCCUGAGUGUGAAUCCCCGGAAGAUCGGAGUUUUCCUGGACUAUGAGGGUGGACAGGUGUCAUUUUACAAUGCGGACACCAUGUCCCAUCUCCACACUUUCGUCCACACUUUCACUGAGACGGUCUUUCCCUUUUUCUAUCCGGGACGGAAUCACGGUGGGAAAAACUCCGCCCCGCUGACAAUCUGCGGGAUUAAAGGCUAUCUGCACAGCUAUCUCCAGAAGAGGGAUCCCGACAGCAAUUCUGAAACCUACCAACGCAGGCCUGUUCUGAGCCAGGGGAACUUAUGGCAACUGACCAUGACCAGCAGACCUGAGAACCAACAACUUCUGGCUGACACCACAAGGCCUCAGGCAUAUUCUGAGGUGAACACCGCGCUGCAAAACCACCAGAAAGUUGUUAGACGCUCCAACAAAAAUAGAUACAGUCUAUUUAGCCGCUUCCAACAGCUCAAACCUUUCAACUCACCGAGCAAUAUAAACAGCUUUCCCACAACACGGAGACCAGAAUUGAACACAGUAUUUCAAAAGUGCCCGAGCCAGUCUCCCGUCGAGCCGCACCUCUACUGGAACCACCCCUUGCACCCUACUCCCCGGUCAGGUUCAACUGCAUUUCCAAGUCAGUUUCUCCUCCUUGUGAAAAUAUCAAGAACACAAAAAUUGGUUUGGAAUAAUUGUUCUGAGUCAUGCGUGAACAAUUCUCCUCAGAUCGUUGAACUGAAUGUAUUCUUCCCCAUUGAAACUGAAAGCAGGUGGAUUCAGGAAGUGCUGAGAGUGAACAUGGCAACCGCACAGCAGCUCCUGAGACUGACCGAGGAGACAAUUUGUCCCAUUUGUCUGGAUUUCUUCACCGAUCCGGUUAUACUGGAUUGUGGACACAACUUCUGCCGCUCCUGUAUCACCCAGAGUUGGGAAAAGAAGGAGAUAAACUCCUGCCCGGAAUGUCGAGAGGUAUUUCCGGAAAGAAACCUCAGGGUAAAUCGGGCCUUAGCGAAUCUGGCCGAGGAGGCUCGAAAAUUAAAGCUGGGUCUGAAAGAGAAGGAAAGUAAACCUCACUGUGAGGUACAUCAGGAAGAUCUGAAACUGUUUUGUCAAACUGACAAGAAAUUGAUCUGUGUGUUUUGUGUCACUGCGGAACACAGAGAGCACCGUUUCAUCCCGAUUAAAGAAGGGGUUAAAAUGUACAAGGAUAAAUUGAAAUCUGCCUUAGAUUUUCUCACAAAGAAGAAAUCGGGGGCUCUACAAACGGAACUGACCCAGAAACGGAAGAUUUCCGAAGUGAGGGAACAGGCGAGCAGUCUGCAGACCCACAUCACAUCCGAGUUCACUAAAAUGCACCAGAUUCUCACUGAGAAAGAGCAGCGUUUACUCAGAGAUCUCAGGGAAGAAGAGGAGAGGAUUGUAGAACCAAUGGAGAAAAACCUUCGAGAGAUUCAGGAGAAUUUAAAUUCUAUUCAGGAGGAACUCACAAAGUUGUGGAAACAGAUGGGGCAAAAAGACGAGCUGAUAUUUAUGAAGGAGGCAACUUGUCGGAAGAGAAGAAUUAGCGAUAACAAUUGGAUAUCACCAGCAGAUGGCGCCCUGUCCAUUGGAAAAUUUAAUGGCCCUUCACAGUACACAGUUUGGAGAGAAAUGAUGGAUGACAUUAACCCGGCUCCAGCCUCUCUGAUUCUGGAUCCGAACACAGCGCAUCCCCGGCUCAUCCUGUCUGAGGACCGGACCAGUGUGAGACUCGGAGACAAACGGCAGCCGCUCACUGACUCCCCGGAGAGAUUUGAUCCCUGGCUCGGUGUCCUGGGAUCAGAGGGAUUCACAUCAGGGAGACAUUACUGGGAAGUGGAGGUGGGGGAGAAGACCUGGUGGAGUCUGGGAGUGGCCCGAGAGUCCGUGGAGAGGAAAGUAGGAAUUGACCUCAACCCGGAGACCGGAUUCUGGAUUGUGGGGCUGUAUCCUGGAACUGGUUAUUUAGCCGCCACCUCCCCCUCCCUGACCCCCCUCUCCCCGAGUGUGAAUCCCCGGAAGAUCGGGGUUUUCCUGGACUAUGAGGGUGGACAGGUGUCAUUUUACAAUGCGGACACCAUGUCCCAUCUCCACACUUUCACCCACACUUUCACUGAGAAGAUCUUUCCCUUCUUCAGUCCAGGGCGGAAUGACGACGGGAAAAACUCCGCCCCGCUGACAAUCUGCGGGAUUAAAGGGCACUGACAGAUCCAUCCCAUAAUUUCACCCCGUCCCCCUGCCUCCUGCCAGCUGUAAACUGAUGGGGGUCGGUCUCAGUCUGAGGGAAAGAAGGAGGGGGAGAGAAGAAACAAAUAGAAGCUCAAU